UCGCUACCGAAAUAAUUUAACCGAACCGUGCUUCUAGAAUAAGAACUCCCCUAUCUCACGUGAUAGGGCGGGUGUCGGGAGGGCGGUGCAGAGCGUGGUGGUCAUGGACACCACACAUCACCGAGUCAGUGACAGGGGCACACUAUUUAAUCCCCUCCGUUCUACUCUCAUCUCUUCUCAACUUUUCCAUGCCUCGCAAAAAAGCCGUCUCCUCCACUGACGCCGCUGGCGUUCCGAUACCAGUGUCAUCGCGUUCCACCAGGGCUGCCACGAGGCAGAUAAACACCGCACCUGCUUCCACUGCAAAACCCGUAUCCCAACCUGCAAAACCCGUCUCAAAACCAAAAUCAUCCAAGAAGCGCGUCCGCGACGAUGAUGAAGCAGAUGUCGUCCCUUCUAAAAUUGCCAAGCUGAACAAGGACGAUGACACUAGUGACAACAAGGCGGACAACGACUCGGAAGCGAAGAAGAUGGUUACUGUUGUGAAACGAGGUGCUGCUCCGGUAGACCCAACAUCCGGUCUCAUUUUUACACAUCAAGUCUACUCGAAUGCUGAAAGUGUUUGGGAUGCAAUGCUCAACCAAACUGAGGUUGGCUCUAACAAGAACAAAUUUUAUGUCAUACAACUGCUGCAUCCUAUUGGAAAUGACGCCCAAUGCUCCCUCUAUACGCGUUGGGGCCGCGUCGGUGAGAACGGUGCAAGCCAAAUCAAGGGACCAUGGCCAUCUGCUUCUGCCAUUGGCGAGUUUAAGAAGCAGUUCAGGUCGAAAUCUGGCGUUGCGUGGCCCCAACGCUUUGGCAUGGUGGCUGCGAAGGGAAAAUAUACAUGGUUAGAGCGUGUAUUCGAGGAUGAAGAUAAAAAGGCGGAAAGCAGUGGCAGCAACUCCAAAGAAGAUGAACCUGUUCCGGAAUCCAAGUUGCUACCCGAGUUGCAGGCAUUCUGCAACCUUAUCUUCUCAUCCAAACUUAUUGAUGCUCACUUGUCGUCGAUGAAUUAUGACGCCAAUAAGCUUCCACUUGGCAAACUCGCGAAGUCAACGAUUCUCAAUGGGUUCGCGGCAUUGAAGAAACUCGCGGAAGUGGUCGAGUAUCCGGAUGGCGACAUGGCGAAGUCUCUAGGUGGCUUCCAAACUGCCUGUGAAACGCUUACUUCGGAAUACUAUUCCAUCAUCCCUCAUGUAUUCGGGCGCACGAGACCCACUGUAAUCAGAGACCAAGAUCUUUUGAAAAGGGAACUGAAUCUCGUCGACGCUCUGGGCGACAUGGAAAUCGCCCAUAAACUCAUAAAUAGUACCAUCAAUGUUGAUGACGACGGGAAGCCACUUAACCCGCUGGACGCGCACUUCCGCUCGCUGGGUCUCAAUUCGAUGGAUCCUGUCGCUCGAGACAGCUCGGAAUUCAAUGCUCUCACACGUUACAUCUCCGACACGCAUGGACAGACGCAUCACUUCAGGUCGGCAGUUCUACAUGCAUUUAGGGUGGAGAGAGGGGCAGAGACUUCUGCAUGGCUCGCGAAGGGUUACGAUAAGCUUCCUGCUGGUGAUCGGAUGCUCUUGUGGCACGGUUCUAGGACGACCAACUUCGCUGGUAUCCUCAAACAGGGUCUUCGGAUCGCCCCUCCGGAGGCGCCUGUUACGGGCUACAUGUUUGGCAAAGGUGUCUACUUUGCAGAUAUGAUGUCAAAAUCUGCAGGCUACUGCUACGCCAGCUUGAGUAACAAAAUAGGCGUGUUACUCCUCUGUGAGGUAGCUGUAAAACCGUUCCUCGAGAUGAACAAUGCAAAUUACAAUGCCGAUGAAGAUUGCAAAAAAAGCGAGACAUUGGCAACGAAAGGGGUAGGAAUGGUACAACCUACCAAUUGGCAAGAUGCUGGUAUGGCGCUUGACCACAAAGAACUUGAGGGCGUUUACAUGCCCAAGGGAGAGGCAUCGCAGGUCAACCCCCCUGGUGCCUUUCUUAUGUACAACGAGUACAUCGUCUAUGACCCAUCCCAGAUCCGCUUGCGGUACCUGCUCAUGGUAAAGAUGGAUUGAGUAUGAUUGAGUUGGGAAAUAUAUGUAGCCUCACUUUUCUUCUGUCGGGAACUACUAUACUACUUGAUGGCUUCCAUUAGAUAUGAAUUCAUUGAUCUCUCCUAACAAGAGUUCAGCGC